AAUGAUGGUGGGUUUUCUUUUUCGUCAUGAUCCGUAAAUCGGAAACAAAACGGGAACGUUUCUCUCUCGGUUCGGCAGCAGAUUCCACGUGAUAUUAAUUCCACCUUUAUUAAUUUCCAUUUAUGUUUCGGUCGUUGAGAGUGGGAAUUUCAUUUCCAGAUUUCUCUUUCUAUUGGCUGAUCUUUUCCUCUCUACUCUAUAAAGCUUCCUAUCCAGCAGCUGUCAACCAAUCAAACCCAACCGCAAAUUUCAUUUUACCAGUUCCCCAAGUUCCACUUGUGUUCAUUCUCUGGAUAUUUUCCAACGACAAGAACAAAGAUGCAUCAUGAGCUUGGCCAUGGCAAAGUCAUCAUCACCAGCAUCAUUGCAGCCUCUGUCAUCGGAGCCAUCGCAGCAGCGGCCACCGCAAGUUACCGCCGGCGAAAGAGCAAACCUGUUAAAGAUCAAAAUAUCAUUCCACUGCUAGAGAGGACAGAGUCAGGCCGUGUUGGAAGCCUGGAAAGAUUCUCCCAUUUUGUUGCUAGGCAACUGGGAUUUGCAGAUGCAAACGAGUGUCCGCAGCUGUGCAGGUUGGCUCAUAACUAUCUGAAAAAACCCAAAGAUUGUGAGGUUAGCAUCUUCGAAUAUUUUGCUAAUGAACCAGAAGCUGAGACUUUGUACGUCAAGCUGAUGGAGGAGUUUGAGAGAUGCAUCCUCAGUUAUUUUGCCUUCCAUUGGAGCCAAGCUUCUCAUAUGAUCAGCCAGCUUCUAAGCGUAGAAUCUGAGAAGAAAACAAAGCUAAAGGACUUUGUAAUGGCAGCAACAAGACACAAGAGAUUUGAGAGGGUGGCCAAGAAUUUAAAGGUGACUAGGCUGUUCACGACGCUGGUGGAGGAGAUGAAAGCGAUGGGACGUGCGGAUGACGAAUCAAAAUACACGGACGUAAUGGCGCCGGUGGCUCACAGCCAGCGGAGCCCCAUCCUGCUGCUUAUGGGCGGCGGUAUGGGAGCUGGCAAAAGCACUGUCCUCAAAGAUAUACUCAAAGAACCACUGUGGGCAGGAGCAGCAGCAAAUGCGGUGGUGGUGGAGGCGGAUGCAUUCAAGGAAACCGAUGUUAUUUACAGAGCUCUAAGCUCUAGGGGUCACCACAAUGAUCUGCUUCAAACAGCUGAACUAGUUCACCAAUCCUCCACUGAUGCUGCUUCGUCGUUGCUAGUAACGGCUUUGAAUGAAGGUCGUGAUGUGAUCAUGGAUGGGACUUUAUCAUGGGAGCCGUUCGUCGAGCAGACAAUUGCCAUGGCUCGAAACGUUCACAAACACCGUUAUAGGAUGGGGGUUGGCUACAAGGUGGCCGAAGAUGGCACCAUUACUGAGAACUAUUGGGAGCAGGUCGAAGAAGAGGAGGAAAAUCGACACCAAGAAAAUGGUGAGACACACAGGAAACCAUACAGAAUAGAACUGGUUGGUGUGCUUUGUGAUGCGUAUCUAGCUGUUGUCAGAGGAAUAAGGAGGGCUAUAAUGGUGAAAAGAGCGGUGAGAGUAAAUUCCCAGUUAAAAUCCCACAAAAUGUUUGCAACUGCAUUUCCAAGAUACUGCCAACUUGUUGACAAUGCCAGGCUCUAUUGCACCAACGCAGUGGGAGGCCCCUCUAAGUUGAUAGCAUGGAAAGAUGGAGAUAACCCGCUUCUGAUAGAUCCAGAUGACAUCAAAUGCUUGUCAAAUGUCCGCAGCUUGAACCCAGGAGCAGAAUCUGUGUAUGAGCUUUACACAGAGCCAAGUCCAGUACACGAGCCUGGCUCGGUUUGGAAAGAUAUUGUUUUCUCCCCUUCAAGACCAAACAUUCAAGUGGAGCUAAAGACUUGCAUUCAAAGAAUCGAAAAAUCCAACAUCCAAACACAAGAAUAACAUGAACAUAAUCCACCCCAGCAGGCUAUAUAUGCAUAUCACAAAAGCCUUGGAUUUUUCUUUCAGCUCAUGUGCAAAGAUUUUCUUGAGGGAUAAAAUGGUUGUUUCGUUUUCUUUUUGGUUCUUCAGAGGAAUUUUAUCAUGCGUGUGCAUCUACCCAUCAAUUGAAGGUCUACUUACAAUUAUCA